GCGGCUGCAGAAAGUCAGCGAGGAGGCGCACGAGCAGGACGAGGAGGACCACUCGCCCCGUGCGGGCGACGGCCAGGAUGGAGACCCACCUGCAGUGCCAGCGCCCACUCACAGGCCCGCGCGCCUGCUGGUCUCCCCGAAGAUCCUGCAGCGCGCGGCCCCGGCCGCGGCAGCCGGCCCCACCCAGGUGGCCCCGAGCGCCGCCGGCGCCGACGCUGCGCCAGUCGCUGCGCCAGACGCUGCGCCAGACGCCGCGCCAGGCCCCGGCGUGCCGGACCUGCUGCC